CGUCUAGUUUCACGUUGUCUAAUGAUCGUUACAGGAGCAAGCAAGGCCAGCGGUGGCCACUACUGUCAUCUGUUUGUCUCUAAAAAACAUCUUCGUACGAUUCGGAAAAUAAUUUAAAAAAUCUACGAGAAACUUGAUUUCUUUUAUUUUCCAUUCUUCUUUCUGUCUUCUAAAAAGUCUUCUAAAAGCAUUUCUUCAUGUUGCAAUUGCUUUUUUUUUUAUUUUUUCUUUAAACGAGCACUGUGCGUGAUUGACGGGGUGGGAUAGAGAGAGAGAGAGAUAGAGAAAGAGGGAAAGAGAAGAAAGAUAAAAGUGGUUCGGUUGUGUAUUGCGCGCGCGAGGUGUGUACUAGAGAGGAUAGUGCCGAUUAUACAGUGCGUGAUAUAUUAUCUAUGAAUCUGUCGGCGUAAAACUUAAGCUUUUAUGACAUCCGGAAAGGAGACGAUGGGCGAACAACCAAUUUUCACAUGCAAAGCGCAUGUUUUUCACAUCGACCCAAAGACCAAAAGGUCAUGGGUCUCCGCAUCCACUGCAGCUGUCUCCGUCUCCUUUUUUUAUGACUCUACAAGGAGUUUAUAUAGAAUUAUAUCUGUGGAAGGAUCAAAGGCCGUUAUUAAUAGUACAAUUACUCCUAAUAUGACGUUCACUAAGACAUCACAAAAAUUUGGACAAUGGUCCGAUGUCAGGGCCAAUACCGUUUAUGGCUUGGGAUUUUCGUCCGAGGCUGAAUUAGGCAAGUUUAUAGACAAGUUUCACGAGGUGAAAGAGGCAACAAAAAUAGCAGGUGCUAAGUUGCAGUCAAACAGCUCAUCCGUGACGCCAUCAACAAGCGCAAACGUCAGUCCAAUAACGCAGCGUUCUUAUAUGCCAUCGACUGAGCAAGAUCUCAUAGAGCCUCCAAAUUCAUCAAUGAUAAGUUCAAAUAUAUCAGCGUCGAACAAUCCUAAUCCAAAUGCAAAUAUGAUAUCGGCGCAAAAUAGCGUUUCCUCAGUCAGUAGUAGUCCAUUACCGGGCAUGAUCGGGUGUCAGGUUAAAAUGGAUGAAGAAUUGAAGAAUGCGGUGCAUGCGAGAUCCCAAAUAAUGGCUCAACAAAAUACUGAGAGUCCACAGCAUCAAGGAAAAACACAAAUGGGGUCAAAUCAAGGAGGACAAACGACCGAAAUGCAACUCAAGUAUGAGAAUGAUAAACUCAAAUUCGCUCUUGCACAAAGCUCCGCAAACGCGAAAAAAUGGGAGGUUGAGCUUGCAACCCUUAAAACUAACAAUGCAAGACUGACAAGUGCUUUGCAAGAAUCAACCGCGAACGUCGACGAAUGGAAGAGACAAUUGCAGCUGUACAAAGAAGAAAAUUUACGCGUAAAGGCCAAGUACGCCGAUCUCGAGUGUGGCAAAAUGCCAGAGGGCAACAGUGAAGCGCUAAAAUUGCGGAUCGAAGCCCUCGAAAAUGAGUUGCGAACACGCAACGAAGAGGUCAAGGCACUUACGAUGGCCACAAAAAAUAAAGAUUUCGUUGCUCUUCAAAAAGAAAAUGCUGAUUUCCGUGAAACAUUGCAAGUGCUUCACGAACAACUGGAGCUCGCAUUAAGUGCUAACAAAGUUCAAAAGCAAAAUUUGGAAACAUUGAAUUCGCGAUUAGCCGGUUACAUACAGGAUUUAGCGACAGUUCAUCGAGAAAUAACGAACACCUUACAGACCUAAAGGAGUCCAAAGUUCGUAUAUCGUUGUAAUGAAGGAAAAACAAAAAAUGCGUUCGAGUGUAUCUGAGAUAAGAAACAGCCGGCGAACCAUGAAAAGACGAGGAUUACGACGAAAAUGCCGAUGAUGUGACGACGCGACACGUCGGAGUUCCGACAUUUAGAUUUAUAGCGCGAAGGGCCACGUUCCAAAAAAAUACAUAUCUUAGUUCAACUCCUUUCAAACAAAAGCAAAAACAGACAUUUUUCAGGGAUAUUUCUCUCGUACGAUUCUCUGCGAAAAUAUUACGGCGAUGAAACAAAUUUCGUUAUUUUGUCGUAUUCUAUUUCAAAUGUCAAAAAUAAUUUAUGAAUAGAAUCCAAUUUCAAAUUUUCUUCCACGAAGAAGAAUUCUUCGAAAAAGCUAAAUCUGUGAAAUUUUUAGAAAAUUUUAUUUUCUAUGGAAUAUUUCAACUCUUAUCAUUUGGAAAAACUUUUUCAUUAAAAUCCGAUAUUUUAUGGGAACGUAUGAGAUGAACAUACUGAAUUUCAAUCGUGCCAGUUACCCAGCCCAGAAUUGGGCUUUGCUCUAGAUAAUGAUAUAGAAAAACGAAAUAUUUAUUUCAUUAAUGCUCUCUUGCUUUUUUGUCUUCCGUACGAAUAUUUGGUAGACGUCCAAUUCUGACCUUAAAAUGUACACAUGUGUCAUUAGAACGAAAUGUUUUCGUUUAAAAGCAUUUCGGAAGUGAUUAAUUCUGAAAAUCUUGCUCGACGACGAGGAAACUUGAAUGUCAUCCUUUUAUUUAUUCUCAACUCGUAUUUAUAAUAUUUUACUAUUUUUUUUUUUUUUUUUUUCGUACUCGAAACUACGAAGUUCAUUUUUUUUAAUCAUGCACGAAUCAUGUUGUACAAAGGUAAUAUACAGAAGGAAUAUAUACAUUGAAGAGCAACUUGAGAAAAAGAAAAAGCAUAAAAUGGCCAUUUUUUUAGAGAUCGUAUUGACCAACAAUCUCAUUAUAUUUUUAUUCGCCAUUCACAUCGUUAGUUUUCUUUUCUCACAUAUUUAACGCGAUUAUUUUAUUCAAUAAAGACUGAAAUUCGUUAAGGAUUAGUGUACGUUAGCAUUUUUUGUUACGCAAUCCUAAGAGAUAUAGGAAGAAGAAGAGUUUUUACGAAUCUUAGCGAUGAUUCGGUCGAGAAGUGCGCGAAGGAGUUAUCAAAAACAUAUCAAAAACGUUGUGAUUGAUAUGACGUGUGAUUAAGAAUGUUUUUUUUUGGAACCCGCCCCCUUUGAUAGAAUGAAAAACUAAAAAUAAAUUCUGUUUACCGAGAACGAGAAAAACUGGAGGAGUAAAAAAAUAAUAAUGCACAACUGCAAAUUAGUGUAAUAAUUAAUUAUUUAACGAGAUUUGAAGGAAUCGAAGAGAUAUUAUUCAAUUUGAUUGGGCGACUUAUUCUAAUAUGGUGAUGAGCCACGCAUUUAAAAUAAGAUUAGAGACGUUUUAAUGAUUAAACGGGUUGUGAUAUAAAGGACGACGGAAAAUCGAAGAAACAAAAGAGAGAGAUAGAGAGAGAGAGAGAGAGAGGGUGAAAGAAACAGGAGGCAAAGGUAUAGUUUAAGUAAAUGAUUCGGUUCAUCGGAUGAACGUGUCGCUAGUCAUGCUAUUGGAAUAAGCCCUUCGAUUAUACGUUUUAUCAGUACCGUUUGAACACACACCCACACGCAUGUUUUAAAAAAUAAUGACAUUCGAACAUUUAUUACAAUCAAGGUUGGACGUGGUUGUGGGGACAAUUGAAAAUCAGAUAUUCAUCCAAAUACUUUCAGAAAUAAUCUUUUUUUCUUUUUAAACGUUUUAUCAUCGAAUCUUCAUUGACGAAAUUCCUUUCGAUUAAGUCAGAAAAUAUUAAGCGUCUUAGAGAAUUAUAACGUUCGAUUAUUUUGCAAAAUAUUUUUAGGUUGCAUUUGUAAGUUUAUUUUUUCAUUGAAUCUCCGUAAGUGUAACUCUUCUUAGUGAGCCACGAAAUAAUUUUUUUUAUUCAACUGUAGUCGCCGGUCAUUUUUUUCCCAAUAUUGCAAAAAAAAAGUUUGGUACUAAUUAUUGACUCUUUCGGACUGAGUAAUAAAUGCGUGUGAAAAUGACAAAAGAAAUAAUGUUACUAUAAUUCCAAAAGUGCACUCUUCCAUGCGAUCGAACAAAAAACUUUUUUCGGACCCGUUUCUUUUGUUUAUUUCUUUUUGCGAUAAAAAAAAACAUGUUUCGCAGUCAGUGAAAAAUCUCGGAUCAUUUGCGUUUUUGAUCUCGUAAACUCACAUUACGAAUUCACAUAGCGAUUAAAAAAGUUGAACAAAAUUAUAAAUUUUGUCGAGUCCGUGCGAAAGUUGUGAAAAAAAAUUGUUGUUCGAUAAUUGAAAAUUAUUGAAAUUACAGUUUUGUUGCGUAUAAAGACUGCCAUUGAUAAAUCAAGAGCGUAUGAAGUUUGUUUGAAGAUGAGUAUGAAAAAUAGAAGAAUCGGUAGUGGUAAUUUUCAAUAAUCGAAAAAAAUAGCGUCGGGUCCGAAACGUUGUUAUCUCACUAUUCACGUAAGACUUCGUGAGAGAGAAAAUUUUACAGAGCUUUCAAUUCACCCAAACUAGCAAAAAAAAACCUUAAAGACAGAAAGGAAACCACGUCAAAUCGGACGUGAUAAGAGAUUCCCUUUUCCUUUAAAAGUUAAAAAUAAUAACGACUAAGUAAAAUUAAAAUGACAGAAAAAACACGAUCGUUGUUAACAAAAGCGCACGCGUAUAUGCGAGUAUGGAGUUAUAGGAAUAAAACAUUGAAACGAAUACGAAAAUUUUCACAUCCCAAGGAGGAAUUGUGAGAAACGGGAGCAGCCUCGCUUGCCAUAAAAAGUAAUCUUAAAACGAAUGAAAGGUUUUAAAUAGAAAAAACUAAAUGAAAGAAAGAAUAAUGAUUAGAAACGAAGGUAAGGAAGAGAGGAGAGAAAAGGAGAUAAAUAAAUUGAAACAUACAAAAGUGAAACACAGUUGUAAAACGAAUGAAAACAAGUUUUGGAAGGCUUCCACGUAUACUAUUAGCGAUAACGUAGCUGUAAUUAAAACUCGAAAAAAGGAGAGAAAAAACAAAAUAAGAAACUCUGGAGAAGCCGUUCAUGUCUUCGUAAAUACCAAAACUUGCCAUUUUUCCCGAGAAAAAAUGAACAAACGAAACAAGAUAAAACGAAAAGGAAAAAAGAAAAUAAGAAACAUAACGAAAUAACGACGAUAUCGAUUCUUGUAGUUUAUUAACAAACAAAAUAAUGUUGGUCGUUUUAACGACAGUACGAAUUUCUAUAACCAUUCAAUCCUCACCCAUGUACACAUUUAUACCAGAUAUGAAAUGUUCGAUAAAAUGAUUUGUGGGAAAAUUGAAAAAAAAAAAAAAAACAAGUACUGAAAAAAAAUGAAGCUGGAGGAACUUUAGAAAAAAAUCAAUAAUGAACGGUUUCAUCCUUGCUACGCCCGAAUCGUCCAUUGCAUACUUGUUUGAUUUCUUUCUUCAUUUUUUUCUCAAUUUUUGCAUAAUAUCAUUAUUGUUUGACGUCUUUGGUUUGGAGAACAUCAAAAUUAUUAGCAUCUCGAUGAACACGCAUCAUGUGACAAUAUUUUAAUUUCAUUAUAAAAAGAGAAGGGAAAAGAAAAAUAGGAAAAAUGGAUAAAAAGAAUGAAAAGAUAGGAAGAUCGCAGCGAUUUCUAUACUCAUGUACAUUUCACCUAGUGUAAUAACAAAUAUUGAUAUUAAUAACAGUGCGUAAGCCAUAUAUUAUUUGUAUGCGUUAUUUAAACAACUUUUUUAAGCGUAGCUUUCCAGAAUGAUUUUUUUAAAUUCUAAUAUUUUCAAAUCCAGCGACGCUUUGUUAAAGAUAAACAAAUUUUGGAUCUAACUCGUUUUCAAAUCCUCAAAUUUUGAAAUAAGACUGUUCUAUAAGUCUUUUUUACACGACAACAAGAAACAAACAAUAAAUUAAUGAAUAUCGAGUUACCAAAAAUAUCGUUUAUUAUUUGGUAAGAUCUAUCGUUAGUCAGGUAUUGAAAAAAGGAAGGUUUUAUAUGAAUACUUUACGUGUUUUAAAUUUUUUAAUCGUAUAGAUAAGUUUUUAAUACAGAAACGUAAAUUGUAUGUUCGACGAAGAAAAAUAACAAACAUGUAUAAUAACGACGAGAAAAAUAUGGAAAGAAGAAAAAAAAGACGAAAAAUUAACGACAGAAUUAUUGCUGCAGUUAUGGAUCAAUUGAAUGGUAUCCUGUUUAUAAGAUUAUUUAUUGAGUGGCCUGGAUCAUACGAUUAUUGUAGUAGGUAUUACGAUAUUACGAUACCCUUGUUAUGAAAAAAAAAAAAAAAUCAUUAACAAUUAAAAAAGUUCUCUUGUUUGUAAUCUUAUGAAUGCCCGUUGUCAAAACAAAAAAAUAUCCUCAUAGUUGAAAUAUUUCACAUUUUAUUACGAAGAGAUAAACAAGAAAAAGUAAACAAAACAAAUGGCAUUUGUAAAAAUGUGAUACCGACAUUGUUGCAAAACUCACAAUGAAUCAAAACGGUCUUACCAACCUUACGUAAACCAAUUGACAUUCGCAAAACUGUCCCUCCGAAUGAGUUCGUUCGUUUUAUUACGAAAACGAACAGUUGUCGCUCUCUGUAUUUUUUUUACAUAUUUUUUGUUUCUCGUAAUGUUUUUUCGUUAUUUAGAGUAUAAACCGAAUUGUACUACUCAAAGUGGCUGAUGAAAAUAAAGUUGGCGUUGAACUUCCUA